ACCCACGUGUACACCCCAGCACGCAUGCGCAUACUCAUUCGUUUAUUAUUUAUUGAUAAUAAAUUAUUUAAACGGGGGAAACACUUCUUAUAAUAAUAAAUAAGAGCCGUUUUGGCCUACACGGCGCAGUGGCAGCGAGUGGUUAGCCAGGAUUUGUGGCAAGUGCGGUUAAGAGAGAGCCUUGAGAGUCAGUCCGCGUUUUUGAUGGGCGCGUCGCUGCCAACAUGGCUGCGCUUCUGCCCUCCAGAGUCUGCGACAGCAGCCCAGCCACGCCGGGAGCCCACUCCCUAAAGGAUGACAUGGAGGAGAACUCUAACGAUGGCAGUCAAGCCCCAAAAAGGCGCAGGAUGGGAUCUGGAGACAGCUCUAGGAGCUGUGACACCUCCAGCCAGGAUCUUGGGCCUACAUACUUUCCUGCAGAGAAUCUGAUUGAGUACAAAUGGCCCUCGGAUGACAGCGGGGAGUACUACAUGUUACAGGAGCAAGUCAGCGAGUACCUUGGGGUCACGUCCUUUAAGCGCAAAUACCCAGAUUUGGAAAGAAGAGACCUUUCUCACAAAGAGAAACUCUACCUGAGAGAGCAAAAUGUCAUCACUGAAACGCAGUGCACCCUGGGUCUCACAGCUCUGCGUAGCGAUGAGGUCAUUGAUUUGAUGAUAAAGGAAUAUCCAGCCAAACAUGCUGAGUACUCUGUCAUCCUCCAAGAGCGGGAGCGGCAGAGGAUCACAAAAGAGUACUCUCAAAUGCAGCAGCAGAUCCCACAGAAAGUGGAGGCCAGCAAGGUGCCUGAGUAUAUCAAGAAAGCAGCCAAGAGGGCAGCGGAGUUCAACAGCAGCUUCAACAGGGAGAGGAUGGAGGAACGGCGAGCAUACUUCGACCUGCAGACCCAUAUUAUCCAAGUGCCCCAGGGGAAGUACAGGGUCCUGCCCCCGGAAAGGACCAAGACGGGGCCGUACCCGGUGGCGCUGAUCCCUGGGCAGUUUCAGGAUUAUUAUAAGAAGUACUCCCCGAACGAGCUGCGCUAUCUGCCCCUGAACACAGCCCUAUACGAGCCUCCGCUGGACCCUGAAUUGCCCGCCCUGGACAGUGAUGGUGACUCAGAUGACCCCGACGACACCGGCAAAGUCGAUGAGGGCAAGAAGGCCAACGGCUCGUCGGAUAGCUCCUCUGGGAACACCUCGGAUGGAGACAGCCAGGACAGCACAGCGCAGGCCAAGGCUAAGGAUCGGGCCGCCGCCCCAGGAAAGGAUGUCCCUGUACGCCCCCUCCAACACAAAACUGUCCCUGGGUACAAGCCUAAGAUCAUUCCCAAUGCCUUUUGCGGCAUAUGUCAGAAGGGUCUGGAGUCCAACAAGAAGGGCAAGCCUGAGGACCUCAUUCACUGCUCGCAGUGCCAGAACAGUGGACAUCCGUCCUGCCUGGACAUGAGCACCGAGCUGGUGGCCCUGAUAAAGACAUACCCGUGGCAGUGCAUGGAGUGUAAGACCUGCAUGGUGUGCGAGCAGCCCCACCACGAGGAGGAGAUGAUGUUCUGUGACCAGUGUGACCGUGGCUUCCACACCUUCUGCGUGGGCGUGGUCUCCAUUCCGCUGGGUCGCUGGGUUUGUGAACUUUGCACCAAGGAGUUCUCAAGCCCAAAGAAAAAACCUGAAAUAAAAACCCAGAAAAAAACCAGAUCGUUCAAAUAAACCCGGGCAGAUACGAGACAUCCAGGCACGAGUGAGUCUACUGCUGAAUGGCCGCUGUUAGGGGCCAUGUGUUUAUACUCACCACUGAUUGUGUGUAUGGGUAUUUUUUGUUUGUGUUGUUUUCUUUUUUGUCUUUCUUUAAUCUCAGGUCCAAGAUCAGGUUCCUAAUAUCAUGUAUAUAUCGCUUUGAUACGUUUUAGACCCCUAAGAGCUGUGAUUUGAACUGUUUUGUUAAUAAAGAUUUUACAAACCGA